AUGCGAUCUUCUACCUUUGCGAUCUUAUUUGCUUUUGUGCAAAUCGCCAUCGCUGGUGUGGCUGCGCAGCCAAUGUCCCCGCUUUUCCUGGUUACUCGGGACGAAGGCCACCAACAUGUCAACCUGGACGAGCUCCCACCACAUCGCGUUGCGGUGAUUAUCAUAUGCAUCUUGUUUGCGUUUUGUCUCGCGUUAGCCCAGGGAUAUCGAGCAGGCCGCAUGGCUGGCCAGAAGUCCAAAACUCGGGUGUCGGAUGCACUGGUGUUUGCGCAAGGCUUCAUCUGCUCGGCCUUUCUAUUCGCCACAGCCAUACAGAUAGCUGGACUGGGUCUACAAACGGACGCUCAAUGUCACGCCGCCAUAAGAGUCUGCAUCGCCAUGUACAGCGCCGACAAGAUUGCACUAUAUCUCUUCUUGCUGGAGCGCGUUCAUAUCGUACGAGCUCCCUUUGUGGAUCGCACAAGGGAUAUGCUCUAUGUAUUCGGAGGAAUCUUUGUCACGGGCGGUUUCCUCGCGAUCAUGGGAUGGCAGUUUGUCAGCCCAAUGGCUAUCUUGAACCAUCAGACAGGCGAAUGCAGGAUAGGCAUCGAGCGACCGGCUACGAUCGCGAUCAUCGUGCUGGACAUCCUGAUGAACACUGUUCUCACAGGAAUCUUCGUAUGGCAGCUUCGACCAGCACUGGGCUCAUCGGCACCUAGGAUAUUCAGUCUCGCAAGCGACACUGAUGGUACACCAAGCGGCUCUUCUGUCCAGAGACUUCGACAUUGGAUGAAAGGAACACGACAGGCCGUAUCCACUCGGAACAACCUGCGAGUCAUGCUGGUUCGAAAUGUUGUGGGCUCGGGCUUCAUGUUGUUUGUCACUCUGUGUAACAACAGCCUGUUUCUCGCCUGGGAUUUCGCGAAGAUGAGCCACGCUUGUCUGCUCAUGUGCCUCGCUGAUAUCUGUCUCGGUAUGCUUGUCACCCAAUGGCUGACGAUGCGUUCGGCUGAACCGGUGAUCUCGCCACCAGCAUCUCGAGCUUCGCUCGUAGACGAACGCACCGACUCCGAGGUCUCUUUUGUGAACGAGAAGCCUGUACCUAUCAGCCGCGUGCUAGAUAAGGCGCGCUUCAAUCUCCGUUGA